CAGCGAUCGAUUGGUGUGCGGAGAUCGAGGAAGAGGGCGAAAAGGGGCCAAAACAGAGAUAAACAUGGACGCCCUUGCCGAUUACAGCAGCGACGAGGAUAAUUCGGAUGUCAAAGAACAGGACGAGCAGCUGAAGACGAGAAGCAAAAAGUCCGGCGCUCAAGGGGACAACUACGAGAACGUGACGAUGGACCUGAGUGAGGGCAGCGACGACAACAAGGAUUCUUCCAAAAGAGGGUCGAAAGAAAGAGAAAGAAGCAAGUCCAGCAGGCAUGAUGAUGAGAGACGAGAAAGAAGGCACCACAAGAGCAAGCAUUCGAGGAAAGAUGACCGAGAAAGAAGGGAGAGACGAGAUGAUAAACACAGAUCUGAUCGGGACAGGAAAUACUCCCGCCGCUCAAGGAGCAGAUCUCCGAAGAGACGAUCAAGAAGCAGAGAAAGGCAGCGAGACCGUGAAAGAGAUCGAAAUAACAGGGAUUUGAAGACCAAAAAAAUUAUUCUGCCUUCCGUCGAAAUUGCAACAAGCAGCAGUGCCACCACAAGCACUGGUGAAAAAGAAAGAAGUAUUUCUCCCCCGACUGUAACAAGCCCAAGCGUGAUCCAGUUGUCAAGCGGAAUUGUGCCUGGGCUGACAAACAACCCAACUUUGACCAAAAUCCAGCAGCAGCUUCAAAAGAGGAGGGCUCUGUGGUCUAAUAAGUCUGUCAUUGCCAAAGAAACAUGUGCAAAAUCCGGCAAUAAUUGGGAGAGCACGCAUCUGCCGAAAGAUAACGAUGGCAAAAUGACUGCCAAAUUCAAGAGGCUGAUGGGCAUGAAAGGCGUGGAUGUUGAGCCGCCGGAAGAAACUGCCCCAAAGAAACCGCUGAGUGCUGCAGAGCAGCAACAAAAGCAGGACGAGAUGUUCAACAGCAUGGAGCGGCAGUACGAGGUGGCCAGACUAGCAACCCACACGCACCGAGGGAUAGGUCUCGGCUUCGGAACCUUCCAGUGCAACCCUCGUUGAAAGGUAUCAUUUUCCUCUGCGUCAAGAACGUUCGAUCCAUCCGUGUUAACACAGAGCAAAAAAGCUAAUAAGUUAAAAUGAUAUUGAAGCAGCCGCUUACAAAGUGAGUUUGCCAGUUUGUUUUUUGAAAGCAUUGUCCUGUACAAUAAUAAUAAUGAAUCCUAUCCUUA